CGCAGGGCGGGCCGGCCAUUAGCUGCUCAGUCGCGAUCCGGUCGCCAUGUGGGCGCACGGCGCUUCGAGCAUCGUGUGUGUCGGCGUGCUGUUCGCCUGCUCCGCCGCAGCCGCGUCGUCGGUGCUACCCGCAUGGCCGCUGGACGAGCUGAGUCCGCAGCAUCGCACGGCGCAGCCUGAAGGUCGGGUCUUCUCCAGCCUGCUGAGGGUAUUCGAGGCGGCCGAGUGGGACAAGGUAUUUGUCAAAAUGGCACGCGUCGUCGUCAACUACUUCACUGAUAUGGCCUUCAAAGUGCUCUUCGGGUCCACUGGCAGCCGACGGAGCAGCGACGGCUCGCUCAAGCUCCUCCGAGCUGGACGUCAGCGGCGCGACAUGGCCCAGUACGUACUCGAGCGGCAGCAGGAGGUGAGCCAACUGCCCCCGGACUGCCAACGGCGCAUCGCCUGCCGAGUGGGACAACACUUGGGCAGCGUCAACAGCCUGCGCACGCUGGCGCCCAUGCUCAGAACCGUGGACCGAUCCCUGGUGGAAGCGGCUCUACAUGGCGUGAGGCAGAGCGACUGCGACAUGGCCUACCCCGACUGCCAGCUAGCCUGACGGAUCUACGUACGCUGUAGUUAUGGCCUCACGUUAACUUUGUUGUUGAAAAAUAAACGCUGGUCCGUUGUCCCUGUU